ACAAAAUCAACCGCCUGCUCUUUGAACUGUGGCACCAUCUGACUACAAGCCACGUUGCUCACACGUCUCUCAUCUGAUCUACAGAACCGGCAGUUUGGGUGUAUUUUCAGACAAAAGGUGAUCAUAAGCAGAAAAACAAAGAUAUUAGCUGCAUCUUGGGAUGUGUCUGCCAAAGUGAGUUGAAUGCCAAACCUGAAUUACCAGCAGAGAGAGUGAGUGAACAUCCAGCCAGCUACAGCGAUUUUCAGACUGCCUGUGCUGCAGGUUUUUCAGGUACCUGCUUUGUCACACGCACAUCCAUACAAAUAAGUGUGUUAUCAGAGUUGUUGGCUUGCACAGCUACUUCAUAAGUCUCACGGGACCUGUGCUUUUUAAGGACCAGAUCACUUACAGCUCCAGCCCCUUGCCCUGCACGGAGAGGAAAUGGCCACAGAGCAGCCACAGGACCUCACAGCAGAGCAGCUGGAAAUCCUGGAGUACAACUUCAGCAAGGUGAACAAGCAUCCUGACCCCACCACCCUGUGCCUCAUUGCUGCUGAGACAGGCCUGUCUGAGGAAGAGACCCUGAAAUGGUUCAAGCAACGUCUUGCAGAGUGGAGAAGAUCUGAAGGGCUCCCCUCCGAGUGUGGCUCUGUCAGAGACUAGCCAGCAGGCCUCUCACUGGAGACAACCAGGAAUCAGGAAUUUGGCAUUUAGCAAAGAUUUGGGGAAUUUCUUUUCACAAUAGAUUUGACAGGCCAAAGUUACAUCUUGCUAUUUAACAUUAUUAUUUUUUAUUUAAUGUGUACAUAACCAGGAAAGAAUAACUAUCUCAAACGUUAUCCAGCUUUUGAAAUGUAUCACACAAUAGCUCAAAGGAGAACAGUUACACACUCUGCUGACUAGAGCAGCAGAGUGGAGCUCCUGACCUUGCCCUGAGCUCCUAGCAAAGCUAACCAAGAAAGGGCAGAGUUAGAGAAAGAAAAAAUAUUUCCUUUUCUGAUGAUCCCCAGAUGCAAACUUAGUGCUGGACUGAGCAUGCUCAGCUCCCAGCUCUCAGAACACCAGCUGUGCUCUUAGAGUGACCUUGGGCUACACUGCGGACAGGAAUCUAGUACUGCUGUAAUGGAGAACUGAGUGAAUACACCACAAAUAAAUCAUGCUGAGAGCCCCUGAAUUUGUCUUAAAUGAGUCUAUUAGGUAUCAUGGAAUGAAAAGGACUAUUUUUUUCUGAUGUGUUAAUAAAGUAAGAAUAUUUUAGUUGAA